AUGAAUACGCCUAUAUAUUUGUUGUUUAUUGCAUUAACUUUAUUUAUGGCAGGAUGCCAUUCAUAUGAAAGAGGGUUAGCAGGGACUUGGACGUCAAAAAGUAAAAGUGUGUUUACUGGUCCUGAAUUUUAUGAUCCUAUCCGAGACGUAAUGUUUCCUCCAAGAUUAACCGGUAUUUCAUAUAGUUUUACUGAUGAUGGAUAUUUUGAAGAGUCUCUUUAUCGAGUCUCUAGUAAUCCUACAGCUCCAGAAUGUUCUGUUGCUGUGAUGCAAUGGCAACAUGGAUUAUAUCAAAAACUUGACAAUGGUUCUCUUUUGCUAAAUCCCAUUCCCAGUGAUGGUCGUCAAAUAUUUUCUGAUCCUUGUGCUGGCUUAACCUCUCGAUAUACUCGAUUUAGUGUUAAAGAAUUAAUUAUCAAAUAUGAGGUUAUUCUUGACCCGUAUUAUAAAGAAUAUAAACUUUUAUUAUAUCAGUUUGAUGGGACUCCUGUGCAACCUUUAUAUUUCGUUCAUUUUCCUCCAAAAAUGCUUCCUACUGUAACGUUGACUCCUCUUUCUACCAGAAUCCUUCAAAAACGAUCUUUCGAAUCCCAUUUUUUUUCUUUUUUGACUUUUAACACGAAUUACAUUUGUUGGAUUGGUAUUUUAAUGAUCUUGUUAGGUACUUUUGGUUAUUAUAUAUUUUAA